GGUGGGUAUUUAAUAAAUUAAUAUUAGAAAGGUCCCUAUAUUUGAUUAUUUGGUGUGGUGGCGGGAGAGCUUCGAUGAAAAAUUUAAUAGAAAAAUGAUCAGAUGUAGAAAGUCCUUCUAUAACAGAAGUUUCGAAACAUGAAGAAUUAUUAGUUAAAAUAAGAUCUAAGGUACUACCCUUGCAAUGUGUAGAAGUAAAAAUAUUAUUGGAAUAAUUAAAAUUACUUAAAAAUUCUAGAAAUUCUUUUCCCAUUUGGUUACUAGCAGUAAGGGAUUUCCAAUCAAUGAUGUUUGAAUUGAAAUUAAAAUCUCCUAUAAUUAUUACAUUACCAUGGGAAAUUGUUUGUAAUGUGUUAAUCAGCUUUCUAGUUAUUAAAUCUUUGAUAUUAGGGGGUCUGUAUACUAAAACAAUUCUACUAGAGUUUUUAUGUGAUGGUGUAAUAAUUCUUCAGAUCGGGGUUGGAAUUGAAAAAGAAGUUUGUGUUUUCUGGUAG